AUGCUGCUGACGCUCGCAGCGUCCGCCCUGCCCAUCACAUCCUCGCCCGCACUUCAACUGGUCUGCAUAGCAAACGUCGUCAUGUUCUCCCUCUUUCUUUAUGCCGGGGUGCUGCCCUACAAGACGAUGCGUUUCAACCUCACAGAGUGCACGCUUCUUGCGACGGCGGGGCUCAUGACCGCCAUCGUGAGCGGCCUGACCGCAUAUGACAGUUAUUGGGGCCACAUGGUUUUGGUGGAGAUCCUCAUGAUUUUCUCUACCGUCGGCCUGGCGAGCCUCACUUGCUUGGUGAUGAUCUUGUUCAUUUACAAGGAGCUGCGCCGGGAGCGGCGUGCUCAGCGAGAAAAAUGGCCAACCCUGCCCGCAAAGGCUGAAGAACCCUGGCUCUGGGGAACCUACUUCCAGCACAGGAGGUCGUGA